GCCGUGACCAUCGGGCUCUCCAAGGACCUCACCAUCCCCAUCACCGUGCGGCUCCGGCGGCUCCACACAGACACGCCGCCCGGCCUAGCCGCCGGCUCCGCGCGGUACAAAGACGCCGCGGUGUUGCAGCGGCUCUCGGCCGUGUCGCGCAACUCGCCCAUGUUUGUGGCCGUGCAGCUUUUCGACGGCAGCCACAACGCCAUGUGCGAGCCGCGGCAGACCGCGUACACGGCCUUCCACCGCAACACGCGCGAGUGGGACUGCUGCGUGCGGCUCCCCGUGCUCUACAGCCAGGCGCCGCUCGACGCGUACCUCCGGUUCACGGUGCUGGAGAUGGUGUGCACGCGUGUGGCGGAGGUGGGCCGCGGCCACUUGUCGCUCUUUGACCCCGCGGCCCGCACGCUCCGCGGGGGCGCCUACCGGGUGGCGGUGGUGGCGGGCGGGGGCCUGCCGGUCGAUCCUGGCGCGGCGGCGCGGCUUCUGCGGCCCGAGCACGGCGGCUCUGGGCGCGAGGCGUGGCUCGACCGCUGGGCCGUGGCGAGCGGCAAUGUCGACUCUAUGCCCCACCCCAGCGCCCCGCAGUACCACCUUGUUCUCGAGCUCCCCAACCUCCUGUUGCCCGUCGUGUUCCUGGACGUCUCCUACGGCGCCCCCCUCGCCCAGCCGCAGCCCUCCCUCAUCCACGACGCGCCGCAGGACGACGGCGCCAACAAGGCCACGGUUCUCCGCGCGCUCGAGGUGCCCGCCGCCCUCGUCUACGACCCCGACUUCCACAGCGCCAGCAUCGCCAGCGCCAGCAGCGCCCGCGAGCAGCCAGGCACCGCCGGCGGAACCGCCGCCGCAUCGUGCGGCGCGCCGCGGCUCGACGGCCCCAUCGAGCGCAAGUUCCACAGCUUGGCAAUCAACAUCAACAACAACUCCAUGCUCGACAAGGAGGCCAAGCCGUCGCCGCACAUGCGCGACGAGCUCGCGCGCAUCCUCCUGCGCCCGUCCAGCGGCGUGCUCCACGACCACGAGAAAACGCUCGUGUGGAAGUUCCGCUACUACUUCUCCAGCCCGGGCGCGCCGGACGAGCAGGCCAGCGCGCCGGCGCCGCUGCAGCCCACGCGGCAGUUCUUCACCAAGUUCCUCAAGUGCUUCAACUGGGAGAACGAGUACGAGCUCGACCACGCGUUCCGCGAGAUCGUGCCGCUCUGGGGCGUCGACAGGAUCGACAUCGGCGACGCCUUGGAGCUCUUGAGCGACAACUUCAACCCGCGCACGCUCACCGCGGCCUUACGCCGCCGCUUGAUCGCCACCACCCACGCCAACGGCAGGGACAUCAACACCGCGGAGGAGACCAAGAUCGACAAGAUCUUCAUGUACACCAAGCGGCUCCGCCACUUUGCCGUGGCGCGCCUCCGCGUCGCCAGCGCCGACGAGCUCCUCCUUUACUUGCUACAGCUCGUGCAGGCGCUCAAGUACGAGCCCGUGCUGGCCGACGACGACGUGUUGGACGAGGCCCCGCUCGCGCGCUUCUUGAUCGAGAGGGCCGUGGCCAACCCCAAGCUCGGCAACUACUUCUACUGGUACGUCAAGGUCGAGAACGAGGACCAGCUUAACCGCGGCCACCCGUGGGCCCCGGACGCCUUGCUGGGGCAGCCGCCGGGCGGCGCCUCCAUCUACAACAUCGUCCUCAACUUGUACAUCGAGAACCUCAAGGCCCACUCGCUCAAGCACAAGUUGCCCCACUACAAGCACCUCAAGAGCCAGAUCGCGUUCAUCAAGAAGCUUACGGCCAUCGUCGAGCUCCUCCGCUCGUCUUUCAGAAAAAACGAGCCCACCCCGAAGAAGGUGCAGUUUCUUCGGGACUACUUGGCCGAUUCGUCCAACGGAAUGCUCAAGUUCUCCGACCCGUUCCCGCUCCCCCUAGACCCUUCGGUCGUUGUGUGUGGCUGCUACCCACAGGAAUGCUCCGUCUUCAAAAGUUCCAUGGCGCCCUUGAAAAUCACUUUCAAGACAAUCACCAACUUCGGCUCGGAAAGCGCGGGCUCGGCCUCCUUCUUUGGCGCCAGGAAACAGUACGGAAGGUACCCGCUUAUGUUCAAGAUCGGGGAUGACCUACGGCAGGACCAGUUGGUCAUUCAAAUCAUCAACUUGAUGGACCAGCUCUUGAAAAAUGAGAACUUGAACUUGAAACUAACGCCGUACAAGAUCCUAGCUACAAGCCCCAUCGCUGGUUUGAUCCAAUUCAUCCCCAACGAAACAUUGGAUCUAGUGCUCUCCAAAAACUACGCAGAGACAGAAUCGGCCUCGGGGCGUGACUCCAGGUCCCGAGGAAGCGCGGAGAGCACCACGAAGAACGGAAUAUUGACAUAUCUCCAGCUCCACAGCAGACUCAAAGAGCGGGACGACGUAGAUGAGGGAAGCAUAUUGGGCGUGAAAAAAGAUGCUCUCGCAAACAAAAGCCCACAAAAAGCCAUUGUCACAGAUUUGGGUGUUUCCAGCAAAGUCAUGGAUAAUUACGUCAAGUCUUGCGCUGGGUACUGUGUCAUCACAUACAUUUUGGGCGUGGGAGAUCGUCACUUGGACAACCUCCUUUUGUCACCCAACGGAAAGUUCUGGCAUGCCGACUUUGGAUAUAUUUUGGGCAGGGAUCCCAAACCUUUUCCGCCCAUGAUGAAGCUCCCCAUCCAAGUUAUUGAUGGAAUGGGUGGGAUGAGCCACGAAAACUUCAACAUCUUCAAGAGCUACUGUUUCAUCACCUACACGACUUUGAGACGGAAUAGUAACUUGAUUCUCAACUUGUUUCAAUUGAUGUUGAACGCAAAUAUACCAGAUAUUCAAAUUGAUCCUAAGAGAGCAGUCGAGAAGGUACAGGACAAGUUCGCCCUCGAAAUGACUGAGGAGGAGGCAAUUCUUCAUUUCCAAAACCUUAUCAUCGACAGCGUGAAUGCGUUUUUGCCUGUUGUCAUUGAUACGCUCCACAGUUUGGCCCAGUACUGGAGAGCUUAA